AUGGACAGCUGGCAGAGGGUAGCAGGCAGAGGGCAGUCCCCAGGUCAACCUGCUGUUUUCAAUGUGACAUUCCGCCGUGGUGAAGAUUACCCAAUUGAUCUGUACUACCUGAUGGACCUCUCAUAUUCCAUGGAAGAUGACCUGAAGAUUGUAAAGAAGCUGGGAGGGGAUCUGCUGAAGGCUCUCAACAAAAUCACAAGUCUUGCACGGAUAGGGUUUGGUGCCUUUGUGGAUAAGACUGUCCUGCCGUUUGUUAACACACAUCCAGAGAAGCUGCAGAGACCUUGUCCACCGGCAGACAUUCCGUGCCAGCCCCCCUUUGCUUUCAGGCACGUGCUCAGCCUCACAAAUAACGCAAAGCUGUUUGAGCGGGAAGUGGGGACGCAGUACAUUUCAGGAAACCUCGACGCACCGGAGGGGGGGCUGGAUGCUAUGAUGCAAGCCGCUGUUUGUGGGGUAAGAGCCGCAGCGUCUAGAACAGAGCGACGGGCACAGUGGUCAAGGGGGGGCCGGGGAGAACUGGGGUGUGGCCGGGGACACUGUGUUGCCAUCAAGAAUGAUCAUUUCCUCCAGUGGUCUUAA